AUGUCACGAUACCCUCCAGCUCCGGAGCCCCGACACCGGACGACUCGGCGACGAUCCUCGGAACGGGGUAUCUCUGGCGCUGGCAGACCAUAUCUUUUAGAAUGGAAUGCCCAAAGUUGUCGACAGAAGGAUAUCUUUACAGCGGAGGAGUUCCAAGAAGAGAUGGGUCUUGUGGAGAGACCCGGCUGGAGAAGAAUCGCUCUUGUACGAGGUGAAUGCGAUAUGGGCGCCUUGCUUGGUAUGGAACUGGAUAAGAAAAGAGGAGGAUGGGUUUGGGAAUUUCCAGAGACGGAAACAAGGAGGAGGAAAACGGAAGAGAGUGAGAAUGAGACCAAAGAGAAGGAUGAAGAUAGUGAUUCAGACCAAGACGAGGGGAUCAGGAUAUGUCGUGCAUCACUUAUGACCAAGGAAAGGCUUCCUGUUCUACUGCUUGAUGGCCUUCCGUUUCGAAUAUCGUCGCGACCUUAUCGACCUUCCAGGAUACCGAGCAACACGAUUCCAGACAGAAGUAAACAGGGAAAACGACCACCAAAACGAUCAGGGUUGGAAGACUCACUCUGGCAAGCACUCGUCGACAUUCGACCCAUAGAAGACCUUGUGGCAGAACUCAUCUAUGAAACAUGGCUCCAAAAACUCGACUCGUUGCCUCCUUUAGGAUCCGACUCGGUAGAUGUUCAAUGGACCAUCGCUCGCGCACUGGAAACGAACGCGAAUACCACGAGAAGCAUGGAGCGACGAGGCGACUUUUGCAGUAUCACGUCUACUGACUGGGCAAACCUUGCCGAGCGCCUUCAAAGACGUAUACAAAUCUCUGUCACAGUCGCUCUUCAAGCACAUGCUCAGCAAGCACAAGAUGAACCCAAGGAUGCGAAUUCCCGGAGUCUCGAUCGAAUAGCAUAUCUGGGUGGCCUCUUACUUCCACUGACGGUCGUAUCCGGAAUAUUGUCUAUCGAAAGCACUUAUGGUCCUGAGGGGUCAUCAUUUUGGGUAUUCUGGCUGGCAUCAGGUCUAUGUUCUAUCUUUGCGCUCCUCGUCAUCUACGCCGAUCAUCUCCGAACACUGGAUGUGUGGAUGGAAGUAGCAGCGAGCGAGAUUCUUGAUUUAGAUCAUAACAAACGAUUUCAAGCGAAUCGAACACCGCAUAGAAGGGAGUACCACACCAGUGGAGAUCCAGAGCGUGGAGAGGCCAAGUUGACGACGGCUUCGGAUGGAGGCAUAUACGUGGUGCAACAUCGGGGAGACGGAACUAGAGGUAGAACGUGGAGGAAGAGGGAAUUAGGGUGGGUCGGAGCCAUGAAGAAGAUGAGUGGAUGGUAUGCAUGGAGGGGAAGCCCUGGUUUGGAAUUUAGGAUGCCAGGUUGGGAAAAGAAGGUGAAGCAUUUGGUAUAUAAUUUGGGAUAG